CUUCCGGGUAUUUCCGAUAGGGCUUUCUACGCUUUUUUUCGGUUACUUUUUAGUCUUCCGUCUCUUGCCACCGCCCCCGAGCUCCCACACCCUUGCCGGCCCUGCCUUUUCUUGCGUCGCUCCUCCCUGCUGCCGAGGCCGAGACUUGGCGCUCGGCUCGGAGCCGGGCCUAUCUGUUCCGCGUGGGCACUACCUCCUUUGGCUUGCGAGGAAGCUAGGACCAAGCGCGCCAGGCCGUCGCUCCUCCGGCCCUGGAGCUCCUGGGCUGGGGGUGCUGGUCCACCCUCCUGCGCAGUCCUUCCGAGGACACUUGUAGAAGAAUACAUGUGGUCUUUUAGUGAACAAGAGCAUGUUCCCAAACUCAAUUUUGGGUCGCCCGCCUUUCACUCCAAACCAUCAACAACAUAAUAACUUCUUUGCCUUGUCACCAAGUCUUUAUUCACACCAGCAGCUUAUAGAUGCACAGUUCAGCUUUCACAAUGCAGACUUGUCUAGAGCUGUGUCAUUACAGCAGUUGACAUAUGGAAAUGUCAGUCCAAUACAGACCUCAACUUCCCCAUUAUUUCGAGGAAGGAAGAGAUUAAGCGAUGAAAAGAAUCUUCCUCUUGAUGGUAAACGGCAGCGUUUUCAUUCACCCCACCAAGAGCCAACUAUAGUUAACCACAUAGUGCCUUUAUCAGAUGAAAGAAGAUACUCAAUAUCACCAUUGUUUCAUACACACUAUGUACCAGAUAUAGUCAGAUGUGUUCCACCUUUUCGAGAAAUAUCAAUUUUAGAACCUAGAGAAAUCACACUGCCUGAGGCCAAUGAUAAGUUGAGUCAGCAGAUACUGGAGUUAUUUGAAGCAUGUCAGCAGCAAGUAAGUGAUUUAAAGAAGAAAGAACUCUGUCGAACAGAGCUGCAGAGAGAAAUUCAACUGUUAUUUCCACGUAUGUUUCCCUAUUUUGCAUGCUCUUUAAUUAUAUGCAUUCCUAUUUUAAUUUUAAGUAAAACCUUACAGUUCUCUUCUAUUUCUCUAGAAAGCAGACUUUUUCUAGUUGGGUCUUCUUUAAAUGGAUUUGGUACUCGGAGCAGUGAUGGUGACUUAUGUCUAGUUGUUAAAGAGGAACCAUUUUUUUUUCAGGUAAAUCAGAAGACUGAAGCACGGCAUAUACUCACCUUAGUCCACAAACACUUCUGUACUAGACUUUCUAGUUACAUUGAGAGACCUCAGUUGAUUCGAGCAAAAGUGCCAAUUGUGAAGUUCAGGGAUAAAGUCAGUUGUGUGGAGUUCGACUUGAAUGUAAACAAUAUUGUUGGAAUAAGAAACACAUUCCUUCUUAGAACUUAUGCAUAUCUUGAAAAUCGAGUUCGUCCGUUAGUACUGGUGAUUAAGAAGUGGGCCAGUCACCAUGAUAUAAAUGACGCCAGUCGCGGUACUUUAAGCAGCUAUAGUCUUGUACUGAUGGUUUUGCACUAUUUACAAACCUUACCUGAACCCAUCCUUCCAUCCAUCCAAAAAAUUUACCCAGAAUCUUUCAGUCCUUCUAUACAGUUGCACCUUGUACAUCAAGCGCCAUGUAAUGUUCCUCCUUACCUCUCAAAGAAUGACUCAAACCUUGGGGACCUCUUACUGGGCUUUCUUAAGUAUUAUGCUACAGAAUUUGACUGGAAUAGUCAGAUGAUUUCAGUUCGUGAAGCCAAAGCCAUUCCCAGGCCUGAUGGUAUUGAAUGGAGAAAUAAAUACAUCUGUGUAGAAGAACCUUUUGAUGGAACAAAUACAGCAAGAGCUGUGCAUGAAAAGCAGAAGUUUGAUAUGAUCAAGGAUCAGUUUUUAAAGUCAUGGCACAGAUUGAAAAACAGAAAAGAUUUGAACAGUAUACUACCUUUAAGAGCUGCUAUACUGAAAAGAUAACUGGCC